CGCGAUAUCAAUGAGCAAAAAGCAACCCACCAAGCAAUCGAAGUCCAAGGUCUACCCUCCCAAAACUUCAGUCCAUUCAACCCACAGUUUCACUCCAUUCAACCCACGGUCCAGAAAGGAUCUCAAAAUUCCCUUCCGUCUGCCGAGAGAGAGGAGAUAGAGAUUUUCUUGAAUCUUCCGUUCCACUUCAUUCAAUUCCAGAGGGAGACGUCUCAAAGUUUCAUUCCAGCAGCCCAGUAAGAGAGAUUUUCUUGUAUUUUCCAUUCCACUCCAUUCAAAUCCAGAAAGAGCGAGAGAGAGAGAGAGAGAGAGAGAGAGAGAGAGGAGAGAAUGGGAACUGCUUCUCUCUCUAUCCUAACCCCAUCCGAACCAUCCCAACAAGAACAAGACCCUCCAACUCCAACCACAUCCCUUCUCUCUCCACCACUACCAUCAUCUACUCCUCAAACCAAAUCCACCACUUCCAACACCCUCAUCUUCACCGCCCUCCUCCUCACCACCUUAAUCGCCCUUGCCGCCUCCAUCGCCUUCGCCUUCCUCUUCUUCUCUUCCUCUCCCCAUUCCCCUCAAGCUCCCCAAUCCCUUGUCGCCCGCUCCCUCACCAAGCUCCCGGGACCCAUCGUCCUCCUCAUCUCAUCCGACGGCUUCCGUUUCGGUUACCAAUUCAAGACUAAGACCCCCAACAUCGGCCGCCUCAUUGCCAAUGGAACCGAGGCCGAGACCGGCCUUAUCCCCGUCUUCCCCACCCUCACCUUCCCCAACCACUACUCAAUCGCCACCGGUUUAUACCCGGCUUUCCAUGGCAUCAUCAACAACCGUUUUGUGGACCCCGCCACCGACGAGAUCUUCACCAUGAGAAGCCACGAGCCCAAGUGGUGGCUCGGCGAGCCACUCUGGGAGACGGUCGUCAAUCACGGGCUCAAGGCAGCCACAUACUUCUGGCCCGGCUCCGAGGUGAACAAAGGUAAUUGGAACUGCCCGGUGAAUUACUGUAGGAAUUACAAUGGUUCAGUCCCAUUCGAAGAACGGGUAGAUACCGUUCUGCAGUACUUUGAUUUGCCAAUUGAGGAAAUUCCUGUCUUUAUUACACUGUAUUUUGAGGACCCAGAUCGUCAGGGACAUCAGGUGGGGCCCGACGAUCCGGCAAUCACGGAGGCGGUAGGUAGGAUCGAUCGGAUGAUUGGGAGGCUGAUCCAAGGGCUGGAGAAGAGAGGGAUUUUUGAGGAUGUCACGAUAAUUCUAGUUGGGGAUCAUGGUAUGGUCGGUACCUGUGAUAAGAAGCUUGUUUUCCUUGAAGAUUUGGCCCCAUGGAUUGAAAUUCCGGAAAGUUGGGUUCACUCAUAUACUCCUUUGCUUGCAAUUUGGCCUCCUUCUGGUGUCAAUCCUUCUGAUGUGGUGGCGAAAAUGAUGGAGGGAUUGGGCUCUGGGAAGGUUGAUAAUGGAAUGAAUCUGAGAGUGUUUCUUAAAGAGGAUUUGCCUGAACGGCUUCAUUACUCUGCAAGUGAUCGGAUUCCACCAAUAAUUGGUCUGGUGGAAGAAGGGUUUAAGGUGGAGAUGAAAAGAUCGAAUAGGAAAGAAUGCGGGGGCGCCCAUGGCUAUGACAAUGCGUUCUUUUCCAUGCGGACAAUCUUUGCUGCACAUGGGCCCCAAUUCGCGAGGGGCCGGAAAGUCCCAUCCUUCGAGAAUGUCGAGAUUUACAAUCUGAUCAUGUCCAUUCUUAAGAUACAGGGUGCGCCCACCAAUGGGACGGCAUCAUUUCCAAAUUCCAUUCUUCUGCCUGGUGCAUGAGAUUGAGCAGGCAUAGGAUCAUUGAUGUCAUCUUCUAGGCAUCUUUUGUGGAAGAUUAUGAAGUUUAUGAAAGGCUUUUCCCUUUCUGGUUUGGAUAUAUUUCGAAUGCAAUUUGCAGUGGUUCUGUCCUCUGGUAAGAUGAGAUGCAAUGUAAGUAGACUCUGGAUCUUGCAAGAACUCUUGUAGAUUUCAUUUUCUCACUAGGGUCUUAGAGAUCAUAGUUAAAGUACAAGGUUUCUAUUGCCUUACCAAUAAUUCUGAUUUGAAUUUGUAUUCUAACAAAGCUGGACAUGCUUUAAAUUUGAAAUGGAGUAUAGCUUCUUAAGAGGUA